AAGCUCUUCUCUCUGUGCUUCGGUCAAGCUCUCUUUCUUGCAUUUGGUUCUUUGAGGGGAGGAUUAAUUCUACAGCCCUUAUUUCUUCUUUGAACUUCUCUCAUUCCUUCUAAGAAUGGCUGGUGAAGGGUUGAAACCCCUCGCAACUGGACUUCUGCUACUCAAUUUCUGCAUGUGUGUGAUUGUGGCAUCAAUAGGAGGAUGGGCCAUCAACCGAGCCAUUGAUCAUGGCUUCGUAAUUGGCCCAUCACUUGAGCUUCCUGCUCAUUUUUCGCCCAUCUACUUUCCGAUGGGGAAUGCUGCCACCGGAUUCUUUGUGCUGUUUGCAGUGAUUGCCGGUGUCGUGGGAGGAGCAUCCGCCAUUGCUGGAUUGAACCACAUCAGGUCAUGGAAUGUGAACAGCUUACCAUCUGCAGCUUCAGUGGCUAUUAUUGCUUGGACCCUAAUUCUCCUUGCCAUGGGUUUGGCCUGUAAAGAGAUUGAGAGAGGCUUCAGGAAUGCACGUCUGAGAACAAUGGAAGCAUUCUUGAUCAUUCUUUCAGCCACGCAGUUUCUAUACAUUCUCGCCAUUCAUGGAGCAUCAACCAUAAGACCAUAAAGAGAUCAAUUUGAGGGUUGAUUUGCGUUUGGGUGGAGACUGUGGUGUUAAUAUUUGUUGUUUCUUUUCUAUUUAAUUUGUUGUGAAAUGGUGUGUGUGAUUGGAUUUGUUGUUAAAAGAAUUAAUGCACAUGGAGAAAUUCCAUGUAUGAGAUUGCAUUGUUUGUAGAUGUUGAUUCUGUUUGAAUUUGAUAUAAAUAAAAGAAAACACUUU